CCGGUCUUCAUGGGAGGCUUGGGCUCUGCCUCGUCUUUUUCAAAGCACACUCUCACGUCGAAGUUGUAUUGAUCGAACGGAGUCGAAUUGACGGUCUCGUCCGUCGCUGAAGGUCAUUCUUCGUUCUAUUCCGCACCGAACGGGUCCGCCCGGCUCGUGUCUUUAUGGCAAGUAGAUUUGACGACAAGGGGAAAAGGAGGAGGAAGAGCGUCUGAGUGCUAAAACUUCUAGGUAAGUAACUUCCAUGGCGCUUCAAAAGUAAUGCACACGAUGCGAAAUUCAUUCUGUUAUCGUGCCCGUGGUUGUCAAUCAAUGUUUUUCUUCAACACACUCCCUUCGACUUGAGACCGAUGAUUGCUCCGGACCGCGUGAAACUCGGCUGCACUCCACAGACAUGGAUGGGCCCCAGACAGAACUUCUGUGAAUGAUCCCUGUCACCUGUGGAACGCCAGUAUCGUGAAGCGUCCUUCCUUGAGUCGUCUGACCUUGGUGCCAUGUAAGUGACGCAGAUGGGACUGACAGAUCCCCCAACUACUAUGUGGACCACUACCAUCGUCCUUGCACUACUCGUCUUUGCGACCAAUGCUUUCGGCGUACGCCACCCAACUGCGUUACAGGGGCGCAACUCCACUGGCCUUACCGAUGUCAUCACUUGGGAUGGCUCCUCGCUGUCAAUCAUGGGCCAGCGGGUAUUCAUCCUCUCAGCAGAGUUCCAUCCCUGGCGCCUGCCCGGGAAUCCUGAGCUGUGGGCGGACGUCUUCGACAAAAUAAAAUCCAACGGCUUCAACACCGUCUCCUUCUGUGUCCACUGGGGUCAGCAUUAUCCCGCUCCGGAUACGAACAAUGGCCAGGGCGACUUUCAGCAAAAUACUUAUCGCGACAUGGAGCUGUUCAUACAAGAGGCGCAGAAGGCUGGUCUGUGGCUGAUCGCGCGACCUGGGCCGUACACCAACGCCGAAGCGACAGGUGGCGGCCUCCCGGGCUGGGUCGGAAAUAUCGCAGGCUCUCUUCGCACCAACAAUCCGAAUUACACCCAAACUUGGGUACCGUACAUGAAUUCGAUCUCGCAAGUAAUCGCUCGGAAUCAAGUUACUGAAGGCGGCCCCAUCAUUCUUGUUCAGGCUGAGGUCGAUCUUCACCAUGCUUCGAACAUGUCUGAUAUACUCAGUACAUUCCAGAAUGAAUACAGCGCUGGUGCUACGCACGCACCGUAUAUGCAAGCUAUCAUUGACCUCUAUCGAGCAAACGGGAUUGUAAUUCCCAUCACCUUCAAUGAUCAACACAGCGGAGCCAACGGAUACUUCUCACCAGACGCAGGUGGAGAGGGAGCUGUAAACAUAUUCUGUGGUGACACAUAUCCUCAAGGCACAAAUUCAUGGAGUCAAGUUCAAUCUGUCUAUUACUCACUCCACAAAGCUAUUGCACCAUCCAACCCGCUCUGUCUAGCUGAGUUUGGUGGUGGAUACCUUCUCAACUGGGGUGCCUCUGCAUUUGGAGGAACUGGUUAUGAGAAAUUCAGUAUUAGUCCUGGCCUGACCAAUGCAGACUAUGAAAAUGUGUUCUAUAAGGAUGCUAUCGCCCAAACAACUACUAUUCUGAGUAUGUUUUUUUUACACAACCAGCUUGUUUUACUGUGCAAUAAUCACUAUGCCACAGAUAUCUACAUGGUGUAUGGAGGCACCAACUGGGGACAAACUGCAGCACCUGUCAGCUAUACAUCUUAUGACUAUGGUGGAGGCAUCAAUGAAAACCGUAUUGCACUUGUGAAAAUGAAUGAGAUGAGGCUUCAAGGUGCCUUUCUGAGAGUAUCACGUGACCUCUUGGCUGCAACUCUGCUUGGCAAUGGCACAAAUUACACCACCUCAUCUUUAAUUUACACAGCAGAGUUGAGAAAUCUUGACACUGGGGCUGGUUUCUACAUUACUCGGCAGAACAACACCCCGUCCACUGAUCUUGUGACAACCCGGAUUCAAGUUCAAACAUCUAUUGGUGCUUUAUUGGUUCCUCAAGCUGGAAGCAUCACCUUCAAUGGACGUGACAGCAAGAUUAUAGUCACUGACUAUGUUUUUGGAGCUAGUCAGACAACAAUAUUGUAUUCAACUACUGAGUAUGUCUAUUCCAGACUCUGGAUUGAUAAUAAGGACUAUGUCAUCCUUUAUGCUGAAGCAGGCCAGACUGGGGAAACUGCAUUCAUGUUUGGUUCCCAUGCAACACCUCAAAUUAUCCAACCAAACCAUUCUGUAAACUCAAGGAUCCUCAAUGGUUCUCUCAUCUUGGAUUAUACACUAAAUGGGACUGCUUUUAUCCCUAUCAGCAUUGGAACAUCCCAGAUUAUAGUGAUUCUUGUUCAAAAAGAUCUGGCAUACCAAUGGCAUGCUCCACUCAUUGCUGGGAAUGGCAAAUUUGGCAACUACUUCUCUAUUGGAACUAAUUCAACGCUUCUGGUGUCAGGGCCUUAUGUUUUGCGCACUGCCAAUAUCAAUGGGAGAACAUUGUCACUAACUGGUGAUCUAAAUGGGACAACUGCUAUUGAGAUUGUUGCACCUCAGUCUGUUUCUCAAUUCAAAUGGAACAAUGCUGUCAUAUCAACUAUCAAAACACCCCAUGGAUCACAUGUUGGCACAAUUGGAAAAUCAGUGACUCUGUCUCUCCCAGAAUUAGGAAAUUGGAAAGUCUCUGGAGGUCUACCUGAGAUUGAUCUCAACUUUGAUGAUUCUUCAUUCACUGUUGCAAACUUGACCACAACCAAUUAUACAAACUUGCCACCACUUUCUGGAUCUCAAGUUCUGUACUCUCAACAAUAUGGAUUCUAUGGUGGAAACCUUAUCUUCCGAGGGCGUUUCCAGGCUACAGGUCAAGAAACUGCAGUCAACCUGACAGUCAUGUAUGGCUUUGCUGGAGGCUACUCAGCCUGGUUGAAUGGGAUUUUCCUUGGCUCCAGUCAAGGAAAUGCCACUGUCAGCUCCUCCUCUGAUGUUUGGGUAUUUCCCAGUGGUGCAGUCAAAACUGGAAAGACCAAUGUACUGGUUGUUCUGCAAGAUCAUAUGGGCCUCUCUGAAGCAAACACUAAUGGUGCCAAGGAGCCCCGUGGUAUCCGUGGAUAUGUUUUGAUUGGUGGAGAAACCAAGUUCUCAAAUUGGACUCUUCAAGGAAACCUAGGUGGUGCUGCUGGUACACCAGACACCUUUCGUGGUUACCUGAAUGAGGGUGGACUUUAUCCAGAGCGAAUUGGAGCUCAUCUCCCUGAUUUCCCAGACAAACUGUGGCCGUCUGGAUCCCCUCUUACUGGUCUCUUGAAGGCUGGUGUCAAUUUCUACCGCACCACCUUUGAUUUUCCUGUUCCUGAUGGUGUUGACGCUCCUAUACGCCUAUCUAUACUUCGAAGCAGUGCAGCAACACCCACCAAUUUCCGCCUGCAAAUAUACCUCAAUGGCUGGCAGGUUGGCAAAUAUAUCAAUAGCAUUGGUCCACAAACCAUUUUUGUUCUUCCUGCUAGCAUUCUCAAACGCCAUGGAUCUAAUACCUUAGCCUUGUCACUCUGGGCUAUGGAUCAGAGUGGUGCUGCUGUUGAAGGCCUGGAGAUUAUCUCUGAUGGCUAUUUUUCCACAUCCCUUCCACUGCAGGAUUACCCUGCACCUGACUUCUCUCCCAUUGAAAAGGCUCUCCGGCCUGCUGAUCUUCAUAUCUCACCUAUGUGAUAGAAUUGUUGGAUGUAUCAAGAGAUCCUUAUGUGUUAACAAAUACAUUUUGAUCCACU